GUUAUCCUUUUCCUACUGCUCCUCCAGUAGAUCCAUUUGCAAAAAUUCGAGCGGAUGAUUGUGGAAAAACAAAAGGAUGCUUUAGAUACGGUAAACCUGGAUGCACUGCAGAUACAUGCGACUAUUUUCUCAGUUACCGCAGAAUAGGAGCUGACAUAGAAUUUGAACUGAGUGCUGAAGCUGAUGGCUGGGUAGCUGUAGGAUUUUCCUCAGAUAAAAAAAUGGGUGGAGAUGAUGUUAUGGCCUGUGUUCAUGAUGAUAAUGGAAGAGUCAGAAUACAUCACUUCUACAAUGUUGGUCAAUGGGCAAAAGAGAUCCAAAGAAACCCUGCCAGAGAUGAAGAAGGUGUUUUUGAAAAUAACCGUGUCACAUGUCGAUUUAAGCGCCCAGUGAAGGUUCCCAGAGAUGAAACUAUCGUAGAUCUCCAUCUAAGUUGGUACUAUUUAUUUGCUUGGGGCCCAGCAAUUCAGGGUUCUAUAACUCGGCAUGAUAUAGAUUCUCCACCGGUUUCGGAGCAUGUGGUCAGUAUUUACAAGUAUGAAGAUAUUUUUAUGCCUUCAGCUGCCUAUCAGACUUUUUCUUCUCCUUUUUGUUUGUUACUUAUUGUUGCCUUGACAUUCUAUUUAUUGAUGGGAACUCCAUGACAUUGUGUAUAGUAUUAUGACAGAUUGAAAUUAUUUGUCAGACAGUGUUGUUUAAAAUUCUACUCUUUUCUAUUGGAGUUUAUAUUAGAGAACAAUUUAAUCAUUCAGAUGGUGACCAAUAAACCUGAGCCAUAAAUUUGUGCCAAAUAAUUCCAAAAUUUGUAAAUCAAUAUAGCAAGUG